AUGAACUCCAAGUGUCACCGUGUGGAACUGAAUGAUGGUCACUUCAUUCCAGUCUUGGGUUUUGGUACUGCUAUACCUUCAGAGGUAUCCAAGAGUAAGGCUACAGAAGCCACAAGAAUAGCUAUAGAUGCUGGGUUUCGCCAUAUAGAUUCUGCCCAUAUGUACCAGAAUGAAGAGGAGGUAGGACUAGCCAUCCGAAGCAAGAUUGAAGACGGCACUGUGAAGAGGGAAGAUAUAUUUUACACCUCAAAGCUUUGGUGUACUUUCCAUCGUCCAGAGCUGGUUAAGUCUUGCUUGGAGCAAUCACUGAAGAAACUUCAGUUGGACUAUGUGGAUCUCUACCUCAUUAAUUUCCCAAUGGCCCUGAAGCCAGGAGAAGAGUAUUUUCCAAUAGAUGAACAUGGAAAAGCUGUAUCUGACACAGUGGAUCUCUGUGAUACCUGGGAGGCCAUGGAGAAAUGUAAGGAUGCAGGACUGGCCAAGUCCAUCGGGGUGUCCAACUUUAACCGCAGGCAGCUGGAAAUGAUCCUGAACAAGCCAGGGCUCAAGUACAAGCCUGUGUGCAACCAGGUGGAAUGUCAUCCUUAUCUCAAUCAGAACAAACUGUUGGAUUUCUGCAAGUCAAAAGACAUUGUUCUGGUUGCCUACAGUGCUCUGGGCACCCAUCGAGAUAAACAUUGGGUAGACCAGAGCACUCCUGUUCUCUUGGAUGACCCAGUUCUUGCUUCCAUGGCAAAAAAAUACAAGCAAACUCCAGCCUUGAUUGCCCUUCGCUACCAGAUCCAGCGUGGGGUUGUGGUCCUUGCAAAAAGUCUCAAUGAGGCCAGGAUCAAGGAGAACAUGCAGGUUUUUGAAUUCCAGUUGUGUCCAGAGGAUAUGAAAGUCCUUGAUGGCCUGAACAGAAAUCUGCGAUAUGUAGCUGGAGUGGUUUUUUCUGGCCACCCUAACUUUCCAUUUUCUGAUGAAUAUUAA